UGCAUGAGAAAAGCCAAGCCAAACUUAUUUGUGACGCUUCCUGGUUCACUUACAUAGCUUAUUACCGCCAUAUCCAGCAGUUUGACCGUCUCUAGCGGUAUCAGAGAGGUAAAGCCAAACUUGUGAGCAGUCUGCCAGGUGUUCCGGCCGCCAUGUCAGUUCUAGGAGGACCAGGGUUUAUCCGAGUGAAGUUGCUACAGGUGGAUCCCGGGUCCCUGGAGGUGCCGCCAGGGGAAACAUUCGACCCUUACUGUGCUGUCAACGUUAAGGAGGCAGUAGACACCCCAGGGCGUGGCUUGCAGCUCAUCCAGAAGAAGAAGACAAUCUACCCAGAAUGGAACAGCUGCUUCGACUCCCAUCUGUACCAGGGCAGGGUCAUCCAGCUGGCCAUCAUGGCCAAACCAAUGAACAAGCUCCUGGCUGAGGUGUCUAUAGGGGUGCAGAUGCUGGCCGAGAAAUGUCAGAAAGGGGACGAUAAAAUCAUCAGCACAUGGCUGGACUUGAAGCCGUCUGGCCGUCUGUUGGUGCAAGUUCGAUACUUCUCAGAGGAAGGUGCGAGCGCUGCUCGAGGAACGCCGGAAGAGGAGGAGCAGUACGGUGCCUUCACACGCCGCCGCAUGGCCAUGCGCAAGGCCAAGGUCCACGUCAUCAAGGGCCACGAGUUCAUUGCCAAGUUCUUCCCACAUCCAACAUUCUGCUCCGUGUGUAAAGAGUUCUUGUGGGGCUUCAAUAAACAAGGAUAUCAAUGUGGAGCUUGCUCAGCAGCUGUUCAUAAGAAGUGCCACUCCCAUGUGCUGGGCAAGUGCCCCAAAACUGCAAUAGUUUCUCAGGAGUCCAAGUUCCUGAAGGAGAGAUUUAACAUCGAUGUACCUCAUCGCUUCAAGACCAAUAACUACAUGAGCCUGACGUUCUGUGAUCACUGUGGGUCACUCUUGGUCGGGCUCUUCAGGCAAGGCGUCAAGUGUGAAACAUGUGGUAUGAACUGUCACCACAAGUGUCAGGCGAAGGUCGCAAACCUAUGCGGGGUGAACCAGAAGCUGAUGUCCGAGGCCCUGGCACACAUCAGCGCCAAGAAGGGGGCGCCGUCUCCCAGAAUGCCCCGUAAGGACGGGGCCGCAGGCGAGGUGUCCCCGCCUCCCAGACCCCCCAAGCCUGGCAACAACCUGGCCGUACCUGGAGAGAUUCCCAAGAUGGAGGCAGACAUUGAUGAUGAUGAGGGUGUGUAUGAGAAGAUGUGGGAAGUGGAGCUGCCCCCCCUCCCCCCACGGUCCACCAGUCUCAGAAAACCUCUCAGGAACUUUUCUGAAGAAGACUUUGUGUUCAUGAAGGUGUUGGGCAAGGGCAGCUUUGGCAAGGUGAUGCUUGCAGAACUGAAGGGUAAGAAGGAGUACUUUGCUAUCAAGGCCCUUAAGAAGGAGGUUGUCCUGGCUGAUGAUGACUUUGAGUGCACCAUGGCGGAGAAGAGGGUUCUAGCGUUGUCAUGGCAACACCCAUACCUGACACACCUGUAUGCCACCUAUCAGACCAAGGCACACUUGUUUUUUGUGAUGGAGUAUCUAAAUGGAGGUGACCUGAUGUUUCACAUACAGAAGUCUCGCAAGUUUGAUCGCAAACGAGCUCAGUUCUAUGGAGCUGAGAUCACUCUUGGGCUGCAGUUUCUCCACGGAAAGGGGAUAGUGUACAGGGACCUGAAGUUGGACAAUGUGCUGCUGGACAAAGAUGGCCACAUCAAGAUCGCAGACUUCGGCAUGUGUAAGGAGGGCAUCACUGAUGAGAAGAGAGCUGUCACCUUCUGUGGUACACCAGACUACAUCGCUCCUGAGAUCCUGAAGGGCCAGAGGUACGGGUUCUCUGUGGACUGGUGGUCAUUUGGCGUGCUCCUGUACGAGAUGCUGAUUGGUGCGUCACCGUUCCACGGGGAUGAUGAGGAUGACCUGUUCUACAGCAUCCUGCACGAGACGCCGCAGUACUCCCGGAUAGACAAGGACUCACAGUCUUGCCUCUCACAGCUGCUAGAGCGAGACCCGGAGAAGCGGUUGGGUGUGGCAGGAGACAUCCGUCGCCACCCGUUCUUUGCGACCACGGAAUGGGAGAAACUGGAGAGGAAGGAGAUCCCGCCGCCAUACAAGCCUAAUAUUAGAUCAGCCAGUGACGUGAGCAACUUUGAUUCUGACUUUACCAUGGAGAAGGCACGACUCACAGCCCCGACCAACAAGGACCUGUUGGAGUCCAUCGAUCAGAACAUGUUCUCAGGGUUCGAGUUCACUGCACCAACCAUGGCAGACUUCAGCUAGAGGAGACUCAUGUAGUUACAGCACAGUCACAUUUGUUGAGUCAUACGAUGACUACAGUAUACAAUGUAUCUGGCUACCCCUCAUAUAUUAGUCAUAUUGUACUUGCAGAUUUGUGGAAGGAAGUACAGAAAUGGGACCCAGAACAGGUAAUGUCAGCUCUAACAGUUCCACCAGGUACCUUAAACCACCAUGUUAAAAACAACACAGUAUCAUGGAGGCCUUCUCAAGAAUGUCUUGAUCAUCGGGAUACCUGAAGUGUGCAUACUUUGGGGACUACUGAUGCUGGAUUAGUAAAGAUGUUUUUUUAGAUCUGGUGGUAUUAGGGUACUCAGUGGAAUUAUGACAGUUGUUACAGUGCUUUGGAAUUCCAAGCAGGGUAUAAUGUAAAUACAAAACCUGUCUUACAAAUAUGUUAUCAACUAGAGUGUCUUAUAGGAUAGAAUGAUAAUUUUACAGACAAAAUUGGUCUAUUACUCUGAAUUACAUCUAAUCACUACUGAAAGCAUUGGCAGUAGUGCUGCUCCCAAGCAAUUAUUGUGCAGAAAAGAAACAAACAAAUUUGACUUACCAGGUACAUGUACAUCGCUAGUGUGAUUACAAGUACACAAUAUUACUGUGACUUGAACAUCAGACCAAAUUGGGUCAUUUUUAUUCAAUGUUGACCUUUCACAAGAAAGGUAAGGUGCUGAAUUCAAAGUUAGGAUUCGCCUUAUAGUUAUUAACUUAACAUUUUGUUAGUCUAAAUUGUCCUAUCCUUGUCCUAUUCUACUCAGGUAAGGGAGUUUGUUGGUAGUCUUGAAACAUUUUCACUCACUCACUCACUCACUCACUCAUGGCCACAUGCUCCCAUUAGGCCUUUGAAAAUUGAUUGUACAUUGUACCAAGAAUCUCCAUGCCGCUGUAUUACCUCUGGAUGAAGAGGAACCCAGGGCUAAUGUUGAAAUAGGUGUCAACAUGCCAUCUUUUAAACAGACUUUUUUACUCAACAACUGUGGAAAACCCAUAUUAAGGGUUCAGCCAUUGCCAGAAUCAUGGACACUUACUUUUAAAGAAAAAUGAUGUGAAUUUUGGAAACACAGCUGUGUUACAGUACAUCUAUUUGUGGAAGCCAGGGGUUUUGCAUGUGUGGAAAGGAAGAAGCUACAUGUAUAACCCAUAUUAUACCAUUAAGAUUUGUAUCUACUAGUAGAUAGAUUGUCCACAAACAAACCAAUCAUGACAAGUUUGAUUCAUGUAAGGAACCAAAGAUUGGUUUUACAAACAUGGCUGAACAUAGAUACACAGGGUAGAGUGGUCAGAAACUAGCUAAUAUGUCUAGAUUUUUACAAGUCAAAUGUCACUUUUUGGGACCAAGAUAACGAAACAAACUUUUUUGACCAAGAUAACAAAACUAGUCUAAGAGGAGUCUGGUAGAGCAUUGAAGAUGUUCAACUGGUAAAUUUGUUAGCAGAAUCUUCAUCUGUAAAGAAAUGAUACUAAAUGUAAAUUCAGUCACAACAGAAGAAAAGUACAGUAUCAUGAAUAUAAGAUAACAAAGAGAGAAGAUUUAUAGAUUGCUAUGUACUGCCAGUGACUGCCACUUUAGUGCGAAGUCUGAGUUAAGAUGUCCAGUCAAAAAAUAGAAUAAUACAAAGGUGAGAUAUUCAAUGUUGUGUCCUUAUAAAAACAUUCCACAAGCCUUCUUCAGUUCUUGCCUUGAAAAGUCAUGCCAUUUCUAUGUAUAUGUCACAGCCAACUAAUGAAUAUAUUUCAUGGUUGGACAGCAAGCUGGAGAUAACAGUUGAGAUUGAGGUUUAUUGUAACUAUGUCUUAGGGUAAUGACACUUCUGUAGCAAAAUGAAGUAUUCAUUUAUAGCUAGUGAUGUUAUGAGUUAAUCAUAGACAAUAGAACAAUGAGGUGAUGGGAACAAGCACAAGAAAGUGGAUUAAAAAAUUGCCAUGAUAUAAUUCUUAAUGUCUGUACACAGUUCUUUCUGUACUUCUUUAAAUUAUUGCAUGCUUGGUGACCUGCAGUAUACAUACAUGUAGUAGAUAGAGCUGGCCAUGUAUGUCAACACCAAGGCAGCAGAGAAAGAAGUAGAUAGUUCCUGUCCAAUUUGAUUUGCAGUGCCAAUGUUCCAUCAGUAUUGUGGCAGAGUAUUUUAUGCCCAAGAAGCUUCUGAGUCAUGGAUGGAGAUGUUUGUACCAUAAAGUGAUAUGAAUUAUUUAACCAGACACCUUUUUUUUUAUUGUACUAUGCACUUGAUGGGAAUAUCAAAAUUUGAACUGCAUUAAACAUAUCUUGCUCUAACU